AUGAGUGCGACGUACCAGUACAGCGUUGCCAUGACGUGCGGCGCAUGCAGUGCUGCUGUCAAUCGCGUGCUCACAAAGAUGGAAGGGGUAGAGACGAUUGACAUUGACAUGGAGAAGCAGACGGUGCUUGUGUCUGCAGACCCUGGGCUGGGUGCGACGUAUGAUGCGGUGCUGGAGAAGAUUAAGAAGACGGGCAAGACUGUGCAUGGGGGCGAGGUUGUGAGUGGAUAG